AUGACCGACAUUGAAAACAAAUUGGACGAGGAUUUCCUGUUUUAUUUGGGCUUCACCAGUUCAUUUUCAACGAAAGUUCGGGAGCCCGGCGAUCAAAACUUAGUCCAACAAUGGCUACAGAAACUAUGCGGUCAGCCAUGUCAAACUAUGGAACAGAAACGGAACAGAAAUAUAUUCCUGUCAAAUCUUCUUCUCAAUAUGCAGGAUGGAGCUUUGUCAGAGCCAUUCACAGUCUCUCCAAAUGAAAUCGACUACUCCGACGCAACGAAAUACUUUCAGAAAAUAAAAGCGGAAAUCGAGACACCUGCGUGGUUGGGAGAUCUAGCUAAUAUGCCUGAAGAGGAUGAUGACACAUCUAAGGCUGCGAGAGAUGAUGGAAGAACCUAUGUUGCAACCAGAGCUAUGCCCAAUGGUGAGGGAGCCUUUGCAUACGUAGCUAUAAGCUUAGCAGAAGAAGAACCUGCUUGGUUGGGAGGUGGAGAAGGUCUCUUUGAUCAAGUCAUGGAUAGGAAAUACAAGGAGAUGGUACCGGAACCGAACGAAAUGGAAAUCAUUUUGGCUAGAAGAAAAGACACCAAGGAACGCCAGAGGGUACUCACGUUUUACGAUGUUAUGUUACAAAAUAUCGCAGAUGAAUUGGAUGGAAAGAUAACGGCGGAAGAAAAUCAUGCAAUUUCUGUUGUAUUGGAACAACUGAUUGCUGAUUUACAGAGCAAAGAUCAAUACGAAGAAUUUGACGAAAUGAACGAUGAUGAGCGUAGAGUGGAAUUACUAUUAAUGCUUUUUGAUAGAACUAAAUCUAGGCGUGAUAAGGUGGCAACAAGGGAAGAAAUGUUGGAUGAUAUUGAAGCAACAUUGAAAGCUUCAUUCUUUGAUGCUUCUGAAGUGGAAGACGAGGAUAAAUAUGAAUUACCAGCUGCCAUGUGGGAGUACGUUAUAAAUCGACCACCAAAUAAGAAGAACAUGGAAGCUAUGCAAGUUAUGUACCCGGUGUUUUUGGUAGAAAAAUUCAUGGCGUUGCUAUCUGAUCAGAAAGAAAAUAUUGCCUUGAGGAUGCAGGCAAGACAUGAGAAUAUAGUAACGCAAAUGAAAAAAGAUCUUAGAAAAGAAGGAGAAAAAUUGCGGAAAUGGCUACAAGGUAGCAAACUUGCUUGCGAUCAAGCUGUUGAUGUUCUGAAUGCCGUCAAGGCUGCUGCCGAGAAACAGAAGAUAAGUUACGAGAAGAAGAAUGCUAGGAAGAAGGGCGGAGAAACCGAGAUGACGAAGAUGUAUAAUGAAAUGAAGAAUGCACUGUUCGAUACACAGAAUGACGUCGAGGAUGAAGCUGAGAGAGGCAGGAUUUUGACUGAACAGAUUAACGCUCUGAAUGUGCAGUCCGAGGUUUACAGCCAGAUUACGGAGUGCAGCAUUAUCAAGACGGAGGAGGCCAACAUGGAGAUAAUGAAAAAUAUCAAGAGAAUGAAGGCGGCUGUGACUCAGUACGAAAACAGGAUCGCGCAGAUGCGACUUAUGAAUGUCGGCAACAAAAAAUCCGAACAGAUGUUCAUCUUCUAG